UCUUAUGUAUGCUACUAGCUAGCCCAUAUCUAGGCACAUCAACAACUGUCAAGUAAUGCCAGAGCAUGCUACCUUCGCCAGCUUUCUCCAGCAGCCGUAAUCUGGCUCCAUGCAACAUUGUCGCGGUUUUCACGGCCGUGGAGCAGCCAAUGCCUACCCCGCAAUUGUAGCUCUAGCUGUGGCCUCAAUACUUGUCUGAGCCAAUCAACCUGAAUACCUUGACGAUCAUGCCUUCCUGUGUGCCUCUCUUUCGACGUCAUAGCUCAAACCCUUGACGUUACUCGGCAGCAUAUAAUACUACCAAGCCGGCUGCAACUACCGCGAUGUAGCAGUGUAUCAUCCAGCAUGGCGGAAACACAUCAGGUUAUCGACCUCAACAGACUCCAAAGUGCCGAUCGUGUCGAUGCACACGAGCCAAAUCAAGAGAUAGCUGAGGGGAUCGAACAAGUCUCGCUCCCGCUCACAGACAGAGGCAAAGAAGCGUGGAUGGUGUUGGCGGGAUGCUCAUUGAUUCAAAUUCCGGUCUGGGGCUACUCUCUCGCUUUUGGCGUGUUUCAAGAAUACUAUAGGAGUCAUCCAGAUGAACUCGAGGGUGAUUCGAGCAAUGUCGCGGUGAUUGGCACCACCAUGACUGGUGUAAUGUACCUUAUCUCACCUUUUACAUUUACUAUACUGACCCGAUGGCCACGACUACGCCGCUGGUUUGGCCCGCUUGGUCUUUUCUUUACAUGUGUCGGCUUUCUGCUAUCUUCCUUUGCCACGAAAGUUUGGCAGUUAAUUGCCAUCCAAGGAGUCGUCUGCGCUCUGGGCUGUGGCUUAUUAUUUACUCCCACUACAUUGUACCUCGACGAAUGGUUCGUCAAGCGAAAGGGUCUAGCCUACGGUGUCAUGUGGGCUGGGAAAUCUGCUGCUGGUGUAGGGAUACCCUUCGCUAUGGAUACCUGCCUACAAAAGUUUGGGCCCAGCGUUACCCUCCAGGCAUGGAGUGCCAUAACGGUCUUGUUGUCUGCCCCUCUCCUCUACUUCCUCAAGCCCAGGAUCCCACUGUCACAAUCUGCCACCAUUCGGCGCAUCAGUCUUAGCUUUAUCCAUCUUCCUGCUUUCUGGAUGCUUCAGAUCGGCAACGUACUUCAGUCCCUGGGUUACUUCCUUCCAUACGCAUACCUCUCCACCUAUGCGGUCCAGCAACUCCACGUCUCCACCACUAUGGCCACCACACUCCUUGUGCUGAUCAAUGUUACUUCUAUCCCUGGCGGUAUCAUCAUAGGUGGCCUUGGGGAUCAUCUCCACAUCACGACUACGAUACUGAUCUCGACACUUGGCUCUGCGUUAGCUGUGUUUCUGUUCUGGGGCUUCUCUAGCCAGACUUCGCUGCUGGCUGUCUUUAGCAUUACGUACGGCUUCUUUGCUGGAGGCUUCAGCUCAACCUGGCCUGGAGUUCUUCAGGAACUGAAGUCCCAGAGUCAUGCGUUAGAUACGGGGUUCAUUUUUGGACUACUGGCUGGUGGGAGAGGGAUCGGGAACGUCAUCAGUGGACCGCUGAGUGUCGCGCUAGUUACCAGCGAUGAAUGGAUGCAUGAUGGGAAGAGCUGGGGAUAUAAUGGUCAGUACGGCGGUAUAAUUCUGUUCACCGGAGUGACGGCAUUAUUAGGUGGAUGGGGCGCAUUAGGGAGAGUGAGGCAGGUCAGCUGGAACUGAUUGAUAAGGCUCGGGUUGACUACAAGUGGGUUGAGCACCCCAGUGCAAUAUACACACGUUUCUUCAUGUCUGGAAUUGAUGAUGUCUUGUGUUUUGCGAAGUGAAGUGCGUGUAAGCCAGACCCUGAG